AUGUUAAAUACAUUGAUUCUAAUAAUCAAUGCUUUUAUAAUAACCAUUCUAUUUUCUCCUGUAUGGAUAAAGUGGUUGGCACGGUUGCAUAAGAAAGUCCUUGCUCUCCAAUAUUCAUAUGUACCAUUUUCACUUUACAAUAUGGAAUUAAGAUAUUAAUACAAAAAACAUAUAAUAGUUGUUGUAAAUAUAGCACGUAUACAAAUUUCCAAAGUUCCAAAUCAAUGGAGAUUUAACGUCAAUAUCAUUGAUUUGAAUUUAAGGUUCAUUCCUAACUAACCUAUCAAAAUAGGCUUUUAAUUUGAGGAAUAAUUGUAUAUGGAAAGACUCAAAUCCAAAUUCCUACCUUAUACUUAAUAAAAAAUACAACAUCGUAAAACUAAAUAAAUUCCAUUCCUAUCCUUAUUAUUGGAAUCCUCAGCCAUUAAUUGUCUUUUUCUAACCCUUUCACGUCUAAAUAUUCAUUUCAAUUCAAUUAAUGUCACCUUACCAAAACUUAAUUCAAAAGAGAAAGAUUUACCAGAUAUGACUAUGAGAUUAGGUGAAACAUCAGUAUAAUUGCAUUUAAAUCAAAAUGGUCAUCUACAAUGGAAACUCAAUAGUGAAGGAGCAAAUAUGUAAUAAUGUUUUACAAUUAAUACUAUUAAUUUAAAUGGAAUCACUAAGCCUGGAUUAUUGAUUGAUCUAUUAGAAGAACACAGUUAUAUAGAUGUUAACAUUCAGGAAGUACGAUGGUUUUGUACAAGUGAAUAUUUCUAUACUAUGGAUGUUUUAGCCAAUGAAUUUUGGACUAGACCUGAUAUUAAUAAAAUACUUAAAAGAUAAUUUAAUGAAAAAGGAUUCAUGUUUUUAGGAAAACCUAGAGAAAUGAAUCUUAACUUUUAAUCUUUUAAGAUUGAAUUUAGUAUAUUUAAUGAUUCUGAUAAUGAUAAAAAACAUUCAUUUAACAUUUUAACCUAAAAGUUCUAUAAAUAUACACAAAAUAAACUUAUAUUUGAAUGGUAAUAAUUAAAAUAUUAUGGAUAAUUUGAUAUAGUUGAUACAGAUUAAACUAAAAAAGGCAUUAUCUAAUGUAAAUAGUUUACUGUUAAUACUUUAUAAGAAGAUAUAAGAUUCUAAGAUAUUUCUUGGAAUAUUGAAUCUAUAUCUAGCAAUACUGUUCAUUCUAAUGAUCACACAAAACAUUUUAUCAGAUAUGGAGAUCUUAUUAUUAAUUUAUCUCCAUAACUGAUUAAAUUUUUUACUCUUAUUUAAACUGAAUUAGCAUCAGAAUUCAGAGUUGCAUUUGUUGAAAAUUAUGAAUAAAGCAAAUACUUUAAAAAAUAUAAUCGUAUAGCCAAGGAAAUGUGUUGUGAAUUCUUGAAUAUUGAUCUUAAUAGUACAUUAAGUACUUCUUUUGAUUUUUUAAUUACUAAUAAAUUUUAAAUUAAUUUAAUCUUUGAUGGUGCAAUUAUUAAUUCAAUAACUAUUAAUAAAUUUCAUUAUAUUUCAAAUGAAGGAGAUGUUAAUGAAUCUUAAAUUUCAUUUGAUAAUUGUCAGAUUUCAAGUAAUAUUAGUUAAACUGAUGGUUUAAUCAAGGAUUUCAAAAUGUAAACAAAUUCUUAAGUUAUCAAUUAUACCUUCAAUACAUUAGAAUUAUUGGUAGAACAAAUAAACAUAGAAAAAAUAUUAAGGAUUUAUUAAUUAUAGAAAAUAUUUAGAUAAUAAUUGUCCAAAUUUACUUCUUUUAAAUUAACACCUUUAGAAAAAAAAAAAUCUAAAGCAAAUAAACCUGUUAUCAAAGAUAAAAUUGUUAAUUGUAAAGAAGUAUAACUCAAAUAUUUGUCUGGUCCUUUCUUGGCUGAAGUAAAUUUACGAGAAAUUAAUACAAAAGAUCCUAAUAAUAUUGAUUUAAAUUAAUUCUCUAUUAAAUUUUAGAAUUCAUCCUUAUUUGUAAUAGAUUAAAUUUAAACUAAAAAUACAGCUUAACUUAUGUAAAUUAAUAUUAAGUCUGCAAUUCUCAAUUUAGAAGAAGAAGUUAGAGAUAUUAAUGUAUUUCUAUAAGGUAUUAAAUAAAUGAACACUAUUGUAUCUAGAAAGUAGAUUUUUGAUAUUAAUUAAGAAGAAAUUGACACUUCUUAAUUAAAAAAAAGAAGAUCCUCUCAUGAUGGUGUUCUUUAGAAAAUACCUAAUGAUUAAGAUGUUACUACAAAGAUUAGAUCAAUUUUUGGAUAAAACACUAAUCUCAAUAUCCUAAAUUUUGAAGUAAUUAUUAAAGACACAAAAUUGAAUGAUGCAUUAUGCAGAUAUAGAAGAUUUUAAGAAAAGUUUGAAACAAUUAAAAGUAGAUAGAAUGAAAGUAGAGUAUUAGAAGGUUUGAAAACAUAAUAAUCAUAUCCUUUAUUAUAUUUAAAAUUUUAGAAUCUCAAUCUAAAAUUAAAGAAAUAAAAUUUAACUGUUAAUCAAGUACUUGAUAAGAUUACAAAAUUAGAUUCUCAUCCAACAUAAUUAGAUGAAUCUUUUUUUGAGUAUUUUGAAUUAGCAAAUUGUGAAAUUUCAUUAGAAUAAAUUAAAAUAUCAAUUAGAGAUUAUAAGUUAAAUAUACUUGAUAUAAGAGGUAUAAAAUUAAAUACAUUUAUAUGUCUUUCAAGAUUGAAUACAUAAAAUAUAUAGAUAGGAUUUAGAGUAUUUUAUGAUUUGAGUUUAGAAAUUAAAUAAUUAUAAAUAGCAGCUGGAUUAAAUUUAGUAUUUGCUUUUAGAGAAAUCUCUAAUAGAAUAAAUUAAAUUAUGGGAUAAAGUAUUAAUUAAUAAUAAAAUAAAAUAAUAAUAAAAGAGUAAUUAACAUUUUGGGAUAGAUUUAGAUUAAAAUUUCAUGGUAAAUUACAUUUUUAACUUGAUCAUUUAAUUUUAUAAAUUACAACAGAUAUUUUACCUUAUUCAAUUGAUUGCAUUAAAUUUUCAUCAAAAUUAAUAAGUAUUGAAUUUUUAAAUUGGACAUUAAAAGGUUAAGCUGAUAAGUUAAAAUUAAGUAGAAUUCCAAAAAUAUAAAAAGUUCUCUAUAUACCAAGAAUAUAAAUGGUAACUGAAUUUAAUUGGUUUUCUCAAAAAGAUUAAUACGAUCAUUAUUUUUAUAUGAGAAAACCAUAUUUUAAUUAAAUAAAUAAUAGCUUAAAUGAUUUUAUAAGUCAAUAAUUAUAAAUUGAAGUAAAAGUUGAUUGUAUUUAAUAUGAACAUUAUAAAGAAUCUAAUUUUAGAGAUCAAUAAAAACAUUGUUUCUUUAUUCAUUAUUAAAAUUAAUUUAUGAGAUGGUUAAAGAAUAGACCAAUAUUAAGACAUGAUGUAUUAAGAAUGUUUUCAGUUUAAAUUAAUAAAUUACCAUAAGUAAUGGAUAAUUAAAUAUAUGAAAUGGAAUGGAAUAUGUAUGCAGAUUAUAAGACAUUGGUUAAUUAUACAUAUAUAAAAUUAAUGGAAUCUUUGAUGAUUAAAUAAUCAUUAUUUUAACAUACAAAAAAGAUUAAUAUAAGAGUUUAUUCAAAUAAAUUUAGAAUGUUCUUUACAAAUUCAGAAAAACCAGUAUCACAUAAUGAAACUUUUCUAAAACAUAAAGAUAUACCAUUUAUUGGAUUUUAAACAUUAUUUUAAUCAUUAAAAGUAAAUCUUUAAUUAGAACCUAAUCGAAUAGAUAAUGAUUGGAGAUUUGAAGUAUAAUCUAUUGCAGCAAAAUGUGAUUAAUUAGUAUGUUCAAUGUUUGAUGGAAAACAAAUGUUAGAUAUGGAAUAACCUGAACCUUUAAGUUAAUAAGAAUAGUUUGUAAAUUUUUUUGAUAUAUAACCUGCAGAUUAUUAUUAGAACGAAUUAAAUUAAUCAUAAAAUAUAUAAAACAUGACUUUUCAUGAAUUAAAAAAAUUGAAGAAAUUCCUUAAAUAACCUUUUAUUAUUAAUACUACACUUACUCCAUAAUAUCAUUUAUUUAAUUUAUAAACUGAUGAAUCAUAUUUGGAAGAUUCACUUGAAGAUGUUAAAGUUAGAGGAAGAGCAUCAGGUAUACAAAUAAAACCAUAAUAAAAAAAUGAAUUUAAUGCUUUUGAUAUUUUUUUAAAAGCAAAAUCAUUAGAGUAUAAAUAGAAUUAAAAAAUAGAUUUAUAAGAUGAAGAUGAUGAAAAUAAUACUAAUACUAUUAUGACUUAAAAAAUAAUAAAGAAUUUUAUUUCUGCUUUAGAUAGUUAAUUUCUAUUUACAUUUUAUUUAUAAGAAAUUUGGGGUAAUGUUUUUGAAAGUCUUGAAAUACCUUAAAAUAAAGAAACUAAAUAAAAUUUUGAUAUGUAAUUUGAUUAAACCAAACCUAAAUCUUAUAGUAGAGAAGAAUUAAUAUUAAUGGUUUCAUUGGUAAAUCCUUAAUUCAAUUUUUAAUAUCAUAAUGCUAAUUGUUAAAUGAUUUUAACAUCACCUAAAGAUUGUUAAAUUAUAAUGUCAGAAUAUAUUUUACCAUUUGAUAAUUUAGAAAUUGAUAAAAAAUUAGUUACAAAAUUAAUAUUUAAUGGAUUAGAUUGUUAAGUUUUAUAAAAACAUUUAGAUGCAAAAUAAACUGUAAGAUUUACAAGUUAAGAUUAUGAAAAAAUUAUUAAAUGUGAUUAUGCUCUAUUUUAAAUUUAAAGUUAUUAAUUAAGAGAAAAUAUUAGAGAUUUUACUGAAAUAUCUUCAUCAAAUAGUAAAAAACACAAUCCUAAUUAUUGGAAUUAAGAAUUAAGAAGACCAAUAGUAUAAGUAAAAGUUGGAUAAUUAAAUGCAACAAUGAAAAAAUAUUAAUUAGAUCAAUUUUUAGAUAUGGUAACAUUCAUGGAAAUGGCAGUUACUACAAAAAAUGAAUUUGAAAAUAAAGAAAGGUUUUUUAGAAAUAAAUUAAAAGAAUUAAAUUAAUAUGGUAUUAAAUAAUUAGAUUAAAUGAUUAAGAAGAAAAUAUCAGAAAAUCUAGAACAUUAUGGAGCUGAAAAAUCAAAAUUAGAUUAUGCAAUUAAGGAAACAAGUCUAUCUCUAUUGGACGAUUAAGAAAUUAGUUUUAUUUUAUUCAAUAUUAGAUAAAUUAGAAUCAUUGAAACUGUUUUUGAGAAUGAUAGUCAUAAAAUUGAUAUACUUCUUUAAGAUUUAGAUGCAAUUAAUAAAAUUGAAUAAGAUCCUGAUUAUAAAAUGGUAUUAAGUUAAGAAAUCAAAGAAUCUAAAUAAUAACCAUUCUUUAGAAUGAUUAAAAAGUUUUAUCCUCUUUAGAUAUAUUAAUAAAAAUGGUUUAUUAUUGAUUAACAUGAUAUUAAAAUGAAUCCAUUAACAAUUAUUUUAACAGAUGAAUUAUAUGAUCAAUUUUAUAAUUAUUUCUUUGGUGAUGAAUCUACUUAAAGAAAUAAUAGAUUGAGUAUUGAAAAGAAAGAAUAAAUGAAAUGUAUCUUAUAAAUAAUUAUCAAUUAGCUGCUAUGGAAAAUAUAUCUAAAUAAAUUCCAGAUUAUUAUAAUUCAUUAUAGGUAAGCGAACUUAAAUUAGUGGCAACUUUUAAACAUCCAUCCAAAAUUAAGAGAUUUAAGGAUGUUACUAUUUAAUUAGAACCCUAUAAAUCUCCUAAAUAGUUCACUACAACAAAAGAUGUAUAUAAUAUUAUUUAAUUAUUAGUAAUUUGAUGAAUUUGCUGCUUUUGUUCUUAAACAAAUUUCAACAUAGAUAUUCUCCAUCAUUGGAUAAAAGCUAUUUGGAUGA